AUGCCUUCGGCUAUCAACUUGACUACUCAGACGCUCUCAAGUUCUCUUCUAACAAUGCACUCUUUGGAGAGAGAGAGCGGGAGCCGGCCUCUAGAGAGCAGUACGGCUAACGAAAUGCAUGGUUCGUAUUUCGCAGCCCCGGCUGUGGUGCCCACACCACUGUCGGAUAGUGGGGACUCGAAGAGAUCUGUGACGGGGAUCGGGGUACCGGGGUCACCACUGGGAGCUCCUCCAUGCGUGGUGCCGAUAGCCAAUCCUAUGCAGGAACAGAUGUAUGUGAUCCCAGAUGCAUACUCGGCGGAGCAACAAGCCGCAUUCCUUUGGGAUGACAUCCUACGCGAGCUUGAUAUACCCAACCACGAGCCAUAG